AUGUAUCUCAAGAGGGAUCGGAAAAGCAAAGCAUCUGUUUCAGAAUUUCUAGACACUAAAUCUUUGCGAGAACAUACAUCGCUUCUAUCCGUUAUGUCGGGUUUGAGUGAGCUAGCCCAAGGAUUUGCAGGUGAAAGCAGAGAGCCAAUAUUCAAAAUCAUAAAACAGACAGUUUACAACCUAUAUUUUCAUGUGGCUUUUAAUGACAUUUCUGAAGAAUUUGUACAUGAUGAUAUUAUGUUCUUUCUCAGAGAUACAAGAGAAACAGUUAGUGAACCUAAUGAUGUGAAUGAAGCUAAUGAAAUUCUGCCUGAAUUGCUAGAGAGUGGCAUUCUGAAUGGUCACACUCUUUUGAUGCUGAAGAAUAUUUUCUCACAGGUUUUUUUGCCUGCUUUGUCCCAUAAUCAGCACAAGGCUGAGGAAACUGCCUUUCAUCCAGACACCGAAAAGCCAGAGCCUGAAGACAGGCGUUUAGCUGAAGCUGAGCCUCUUGAAAAAAAGAAAGAGGAGUCUGUGGAAUUUCACAGUUUUCACAUAAUAAGGAAUGAGUUCUUAAUGAACAUGCAGAAAUUCCUGAGCCAUAUUCAAAGGACUAUACAGCAGAUUGAAGGAGAGAUUAAACUGGAGAUGCCAACUAUAAAUCUAGAUGCAGAAGUGAGUGAACUUGCCACAGAUCCAGAAGUGAUUGAAACACUGGAGCACUGUGGAAUGACCUGGCUAACAUUAAUAUCCACAGCCGUUGAGGAACAACUCAGAAAGGUCCCACAGGGUAAUGGCCCACUAGCAGAAAUUGACCUGUGGCGUGAAAGAAAUGCUACUUUAAGUGCUCUGACUGAACAGAUAAAGCUCCCAUUAGUUAAAAAAAUCUUAGCAAUACUAAAGGAAGCUGAAUCUGGACUUCUUGAAAAUUUGCAGAUAGUCAUAAAUGAUCUUAGCAGGCACCAUGUGGAAGCUGUAGAUAAUGUUAGGUUUCUUUCAACUCUGGAGCGCCAUUUGAAGAAUUUAACUCAUGGCACUGGAUUUAAUAUUGUCUUGGAUACAAUUCCUUCAAUGAUGAACGCACUGAGAAUGGUUUGGAUUAUCUCACGGCAUUACAACAAGGAUGAGCGGAUGAUACCCCUAAUGGAAAGAAUUGCAUGGGAAAUUACAGCAAGGGUCUGCAAAGUUGUGGACUUACGGACUUUGUUUAAAGAAGAUAGAAGCAUUGCAAAAACUAAAUUGUUGGAAGCCAAAGGCUCUCUUGAAAUGUGGAAAAAAUCCUAUUUCGAUAUUCGUGCCCAGAUUGAAGCCUCAGGAAGAGACCAACGAUGGGAAUUUGACCGAAAGCGUCUAUUUGAAAAAACCGAUUAUAUGGCUUCGAUCUGUCAAGAUCUGUAUGAUAUUGUGCAGGUUAUUGAAGAGUUCUACAAUAUAUUUGGUCCUGAACUGAAAGCUGUCACUGGAGAUCCAAAGCGCAUUGAUGAUGUAUUGCGAAGGGUUGAUGGGCUGAUUAGUCCUAUGGAAGUGCUGACUUUUGACCCUUUUAGCAUCAAAUGUGCAUCCCAAUGGAAAUUUGUUAUGGAAGAUUUUAAAUCGGAAGUGCUGGUUAUAGAAAAAGAGGCCAAGAAUUUUAUUGAUGAGUCCUUUAAGACCCUUCGAUCAGCAGAGGCUGCUUUUGACAUGCUCUUAAACUUUAAACACAUCCGCUCUCGGGAUGCCAUCAAUAGACAGAUGAUGAUGAAAUUUAAUGAUAUUCUGGCACAGUAUUGUAAAGAGGUUGACAUAGUUAAUAACAUCUUCAUCCAAAACCUCAGUAAUCCACCUCUGUACAAGAAUCAUCCUCCAAUGGCUGGGGCAAUAUAUUGGUCACGAUCCCUUUUCCAUCGUAUCAAACACACUAUUAUUCGGUUUCAAGAAGUAGAGGAGUUGCUGGCUAGUGAGCGUGGGAAGGAGGUAAAACAUAAGUAUCUGGAAGUGGCUAGGAGAAUGAAGGAAUAUGAAGAUCUGAAAUAUGAUCAUUGGAGGGACUGGACUGAACAGAUGCUCCCAGUACUACUGAAAAAAACCCUGCUUGCUAAAGUCCAUCCUUCUGGGACCAUAGUCCAAGCUAAUUCGGAGCCCUCCGAUCAGAGCCCGCAUUCUGAAGAGGUUGACACCGGGGAGAAGUGGAGUCGUUUCAUAGUCAAUUUUUCUCCCAAACUCCAAGAGGUUAUCAAUGAAACAAAGUACAUGGAGCAGCUGGGGUUUCCAGUACCUGAAAUAGCAAGGAACGUGGCACUACAGGAGGACAAAUUUCUUAGAUACACAGAUGGAAUGAAACAGAUGUUGGAUCACUAUCACAAAUUAAUGGGAACACUAAAUGAAGCAGAAAUCCAGCUUCUUGAUGAUCACAUUCAAGAGCUUUGGAAAGUAUUUAGAUCAGGGUACAAGAGACUCAACUGGAACUCCUUAGGUAUUGGUGACUAUAUUGUUCGGUGCACCCAAGCCAUUGGGAAGUUUGAAUCGCUUGUACAUCAGAUUCAUAAGAAUGCCGGAGAUAUAAACAACAAGCUUUUAUUAAUAGAGUCAACAAAUCUAUUUAAAUCCCCACCUUUGAAAAAUGAGGAUGAACUUCCUGGAGUGAAGGAAUUCUUUGAGUAUAUUAAGCGCGAAAGAUCUAAAGACGUGGAACACAUUGUUAGAAAGUAUGUUGCCAUUGGACCCUUGCUAACAAAAAUGGAAGGGCUGGUUGCCAACACAAACACUGGCAAAGCUUCAAAACUAGCACCCUAUUAUGCAUUUUGGGAAAAUAAAAUCUAUCAUACAUUGACACAGUUAGUUCUGAAGAAUUUGCAGGCUUUUAAUGCAGCCGUUCUUCGGGAUGUCCCACUGUUCCAAACAGAAACUAUUUUAUCUGCUCCUGAGAUAAUCCUGCAUCCUAAUGCCAGUGAAAUUGACAAAAUGAGUGUUCAUUGUAUCAGAGACUGUGUUGAAGUCACUAAGCAUUUUGUACGGUGGAUGCACGGCACCUGUAUCGACUGCCCCCCUCAGCAUGCUGAAGAAGACGAACUCAUCACCUUAAGUUUUUUUAAUGACAUCUCUCAGAACCCACUAAUAAUCGAACAGGCUGUUCUCAUCACUCAAAACAUACACAAGCUCCUGAAUUCUCUCACCAAGUACUUGAAUCGAUGGCAGAGAUAUCGCCCUCUGUGGAAAUUGGAUAAAGCCAUUGUUAUGGAGAAGUUUGCUGCAAAGAAACCAGCUUGUGUCACCUUUGAUGAAAAGUUGCAGUUCUAUAUUAAGAUCGCUCAAGAAGUGACUCAACAGCCCUUGGUUAAAGAUGAACAGUGCAUUAGGCUUACCCUGGGCCCUUUAGCCUACACAGUACAGGAAAAUGCAAAAGGUUGGGUGACUUCUCUUGGAAAACUUCUCAAUGAAUCUGCAAAAGAGGAACUCUUCAGUCUUCAGGAAGAAAUUGAGAGAUUAUCACAAAACCUUAGGAAAACUCCUGAUUCUUUGGAAGAUCUCAAAUUUGUUCUUGGCACAAUUGCAGAGAUCAAAGAUAUGACUCUACAAGUGGAAUUGAAAUAUUUAGACAUUCAGGAGAGAUACCGGACCCUUGCAGUAUAUAACAUUCCUACAACUGAAGAAGAGAGAGAGUUGGUCGACAAGAUUAAGCAAAUGUGGGAGACCCUCUUAUUUGAUGCAUCGGAAGUUGAUCACAGCCUUGGAAGCAUCAAAAAGACAUUCACGGAGAUUACAAGGGAGCAGAUUGGAGACUACAGUAGCCAGAUAGCAGAUUUUUUCCACAGAUUUACUACUGAGGGGCCUGGUGCUGUUGGGGAGAAUCUUGACAAAGGAUUGGAGCUCUUAGAUAUUUUUGAUAAGGAAUUGGAAAAACAUGAGAAAAAUCGUCAGGAGUUGGCUAAUGCUGAGAAACUUUUUGACCUUCCAAUCACAAUGUACCCUGACUUAUUAAAAGUGCAGAAGGAUAUGAAGGGUCUAAAGCAGAUCUAUGAAAUUUAUAAGUUGCAAAGAGCUGCUAAAGAGGAAUGGUCGCAGACCCUUUGGGUAAAUCUCAAUGUGCAGUUUCUCCAAGAAGGAAUUGAAGGAUUUCUUAAAAGCCUCCGAAAGCUGCCCAAGCAAGUGCGCAGCGUGCCGGUGGCUUAUCACCUGGAAGCAAAGAUGAAGGCAUUCAAGGACUCCAUUCCUUUGCUGCUUGAUUUGAAAAAUGAAGCAUUGAGAGACAGGCAUUGGAAAGAUCUUAUGGAGAGAACUGGCACUAGUUUUGAAAUGACAACAGCAACUUUCACCUUGGAGAAUAUGUUUGCUAUGGAGCUGCACAAAUACUCAGAUGUUAUCAAUGAGAUAGUGGGAUCUGCUGUUAAAGAGCUUAGCAUUGAGAAGGGUGUUAAGGAGAUAGUGGAAACCUGGGAGAACAUGAAGUUCACUGUACAAAGGUAUUUCAAAGGCACUCAAGAGCGAGGCUUUAUUUUGGGACCGGUCGAUGAAAUUACUCAGAUUCUUGAUGACAAUGCCGUCAAUCUUCAGAGUAUCUCAGGCAGUCGAUUUGUAGGUCCUUUUCUAUCAACAGUUCACCACUGGGAAAAAACUCUGUCCUUGAUUGGUGAAGUUAUUGAGGUCUGGAUGGUGGUUCAGAGGAAAUGGAUGUACCUGGAGAGCAUCUUUAUUGGUGGGGAUAUAAGAUCACAGCUUCCAGAGGAAGCAAAAAAAUUUGACAACAUAGACAGGAUAUUUAAAAGGAUAAUGGGUGACACUGUAAAAGACCCAGUGAUAAAAAAAUGCUGUGAAGCCCCAAAUCGACUCACAGACCUCCAGCAGAUAAGUGAUGGUCUAGAGAAAUGUCAGAAAAGCUUGAACGAUUAUCUGGAUUCAAAGCGGAAUGCUUUCCCCCGAUUUUUCUUUAUAUCUGAUGAUGAGUUGCUCAGCAUCCUUGGUAGUAGUGACCCGCUCUGCGUUCAGGAACACAUGAUAAAGAUGUAUGAUAACAUAGCAUCCCUGAGAUUUCAGGAGGGUGAUAGUGGUGAAAAAAUUGCAACAGCCAUGAUUUCCGCCGAAGGAGAAGUGAUGGAGUUCCGGCGGGCCAUUGCAGCAGAAGGCCGAGUCGAGAACUGGAUGACAGCUGUUCUGGUUGAAAUGAGAAGAACAAACAGACUCAUUACUAAAGAGGCCAUUUUUCGAUACUGUGAAGAUAGAAGCAGAGUUGACUGGAUGUUGAUGUAUCAAGGCAUGAUGGUGCUGGCUGCUAAUCAGGUCUGGUGGACCUGGGAGGUGGAAGACGUCUUUCACAAAGUGAAGAAAGGAGAAAAACAGGCAAUGAAACUUUAUGCCAAGAGAAUGCACGAGCAGAUUGAUGCCCUGGUUACCCGAAUCACAAAGCCAUUAAAUAGAAAUGACAGAAAAAAAUACAAUACUGUUCUCAUCAUUGAUGUCCAUGCCAGAGAUAUUGUUGAUUCGUUUGUAAGAGACAGCAUCAUGGAAGCUCGAGAGUUUGAAUGGGAAAGCCAGCUGCGUUUUUACUGGGAUCGAGAGCCUGAUGACCUGAAUGUGCGUCAAUGCACUGGCACCUUUUCCUAUGGUUAUGAAUAUAUGGGCUUGAAUGGAAGACUAGUAAUCACUCCCCUUACAGAUCGUAUCUAUCUAACACUCACACAGGCUCUAUCCAUGUUUUUGGGAGGAGCACCUGCAGGGCCAGCAGGUACAGGGAAAACGGAGACAACCAAGGAUCUGGCCAAAGCCCUGGGCUUGCUGUGUGUUGUAACAAACUGCGGCGAAGGCAUGGAUUUCAAAGCAGUUGGUAAAAUUUUCUCCGGUCUUGCCCAGUGUGGGGCAUGGGGAUGCUUUGAUGAAUUUAAUCGUAUAGAUGCUUCUGUGCUUUCAGUCAUCUCUUCUCAGAUCCAGACAAUACGAAAUGCUCUAAUGAAUCAGUUGAAAACAUUUCAGUUUGAAGGGCAGGAAAUUUCCCUGGAUGCACGAAUGGGCAUUUUUAUAACCAUGAAUCCUGGGUAUGCUGGCCGUACUGAGCUCCCUGAAUCUGUAAAAGCUUUAUUCAGGCCUGUGGUUGUGAUUGUACCAGAUCUCCAGCAAAUCUGCGAAAUCAUGCUCUUUUCCGAAGGUUUUCUUUUGGCAAAGGCCCUUGCCAAAAAGAUGACAGUAUUAUACAAGUUAGCAAGAGAGCAACUUUCUAAACAGCAUCAUUAUGAUUUUGGACUGCGUGCUCUCAAGUCUGUACUUGUGAUGGCUGGAGAACUGAAGAGAGGAUCACCUGAUCUUAAUGAGGAUGUGGUAUUGAUGAGAGCUCUCCGAGAUAUGAAUCUUCCUAAGUUUGUGUUUGAAGAUGUACCUCUCUUCCUUGGCCUGAUCUCUGACUUGUUUCCUGGCCUGGAUUGUCCUCGAGUCCGCUAUCCUAACUUUAACGAUGCUGUAGAACAAGUGCUAGAAGAAGGUGGUUAUGUCGUUUUACCAAUCCAGGUGGAUAAAGUAGUUCAAAUGUAUGAGACAAUGUUAACUCGUCAUACUACUAUGGUGGUUGGACCUACUGGAGGUGGCAAGUCUGUUGUCAUUAAUACUUUGUGCCAGGCCCAAACCAGGCUAGGAUUAGUGACAAAGGUUUAUAUGCUGAACCCUAAAGCCAUGAGUGUGAUUGAGCUGUAUGGUAUUCUUGACCCUACCACGCGAGAUUGGACAGAUGGAGUUCUAUCAAACAUCUUCAGGGAAAUCAACAAACCUACUGAUAAGAAAGAGCGAAGGUACAUUUUAUUUGAUGGAGAUGUGGAUGCUCUCUGGGUGGAAAAUAUGAAUUCUGUAAUGGAUGAUAACAAGUUGUUAACCUUGGCCAAUGGGGAGCGCAUCAGGCUGCAGGCUCACUGUGCUCUGUUAUUUGAGGUUGGAGACUUACAGUAUGCAUCUCCUGCUACCGUAUCCCGUUGUGGGAUGGUCUUUGUAGAUCCUAAAAACUUGAAAUAUAAGCCGUACUGGCAGAAAUGGCUUAACCAGAGAGGAAACAAGCAAGAACAAGUUGCGUUAAAUCGUCUCUUUGAAAAAUAUGUACCAUACCUUAUCGAUAUGAUUGUAGAAGGAAUUGUGGAUGGCAAGCAAGGAGAGAAGCUGAAAACCAUUGUUCCCCAAACAGAUUUAAAUAUGGUGAUGCAGUUGACUAUGAUGCUGGAAGCCGUAGUAGUGCUGGAACCCGAUGAUCCUGAUGUUCUGGAGUGCUACUUCCUGGAAGCUUUAUAUUCCUCUUUAGGUGCUACGCUGCUUGAUACAGGAAGAAUUAAAUUUGAUGAAAGUAUUAAACGUAUUUCCUCAAUGUCAAUGGUUCAAGAUGAUAAUGUCAUGGCUAAACCAGGGGAACUGCCAGGUCAGCUUCCAACUUUGUAUGACUUUCAUUUUGAUGGGUGUCAAAAAAAGUGGGUACCUUGGAGCAAACUAGUUCCUGAAUACUUCCAUAAACUUGAUGUGAAAUUUAUUGACAUUCUAGUUCCUACUGUGGAUACAACACGCACUACAUGGUUGUUAGAACAGAUGGUAAAAAUCAAACACCCUGUUGUUCUUGUUGGUGAAUCUGGCACUUCUAAGACUGCAACUACACAAACAUUUCUAAAAAACCUAAACCAAGACACUAAUGUGCUGCUAAUAAUUAACUUCUCUUCUCGUACAACAUCAAUGGAUAUUCAGAGAAACUUGGAAGCAAAUGUAGAGAAACGUACUAAGGAUACUUAUGGGCCCCCUAUGGGAAAGCGCCUCCUGGUUUUCAUGGAUGAUAUGAACAUGCCAAGGGUUGAUGAAUAUGGUACACAGCAACCAAUUGCCUUGUUGAAGUUGCUCUUGGAAAAAGGUUCCUUAUAUGACCGUGGUAAGGAGAUGAAUUGUAAGAGUCUUCGAGACCUUGGUUUUAUUGCUGCCAUGGGCAAAGCUGGAGGAGGUCGUAAUGAAGUUGACCCUCGAUUCAUUUCACUCUUCAGUGUUUUCAAUGUACCUUUUCCUUCUGAGGCAUCUUUGCAUUUGAUUUAUGCCUCCAUCCUGAAAGGUCACACUGAGAUUUUUAAUGACUCUAUAACAGCGAUCGCUGACAAGAUGACGUUCUGUACUUUGGAACUUUAUAAAGCGAUUGUCCGGGAUCUACCCCCAACUCCUUCCAAAUUCCAUUAUAUUUUUAAUCUGCGUGAUCUCUCCAGGGUCUACAAUGGACUUGUUCUUACAACCCCAGAGCGGUUCCAAACAGUCACACAGAUGGUGCGAGUCUGGAGAAAUGAGUGCCUGAGAGUUUUCCAUGACAGAUUGAUCAAUGAAGUAGACAAGACACUGGUACAAGAGCAUAUACGAGGCUUGAUUCAAGAGCAUUACAAAGAUGAUUUAGAGCAGGCUAUGAGAGACCCUAUUCUCUUUGGAGACUUCAGAAUGGCACUGAAUGAAGAGGAACCUCGUGUUUAUGAAGACAUCCAGGACUAUGAUGCAGCAAAAGCUCUCUUUCAGGAGAUUCUUGAAGAGUACAAUGAAGUUAAUACGAAAAUGAAUCUGGUGCUUUUUGAUGAUGCUUUGGAGCAUUUAACCCGCGUGCAUCGCGUCAUACGGAUGGAUCGUGGCCAUGCGCUGCUCGUAGGAGUGGGAGGCUCAGGAAAACAGUCCCUGGCAAGACUGGCUGCAUAUACAGCUGGAUGUGAGGUCUAUGUUUUAUUUUUCAUAUUCUUUUCAGGGGAAAAUCCACUGAUCCCGGCAGAGCACACAGAGUUCGUGAUUGAGCACAUAGUCAUGGUGCACGAAUCUGUAGGGAAUUUCAGUAAAAAAUUCCUACAAAAGUUGAGACGCAGCAACUAUGUUACGCCAAAGAAUUAUCUUGAUUUCAUUCAUACUUACUCAAAAUUGCUGGAAGAGAAAAAUCAGUUCAUUUUAGCACAAUGCAAACGCCUGGAAGGAGGAUUAGCUAAACUGAAGGAAGCUACUGUUCAGCUGGAUGAACUAAAUGAGAAACUUGCAGAGCAGAAGAUUGUAUUAGCUGAAAAAUCAGCUGCCUGUGAGGCCUUGUUACAAGAGAUAGCAACCAACACAGCAAUAGCUGAGGAGAAGAAAAAAUUGGCUGAAGAAAAAGCGGUGGAGAUAGAAGAACAGAAUAAGGUCAUUGCUGUGGAAAAGAAGGAUGCUGAGACGUCCCUGGCUGAGGCCAUGCCUAUUUUAGAAGCUGCUAAACUGGAGCUGCAGAAGCUUGACAAGUCUGAUGUCACAGAGAUUAGAUCCUUUGCUAAGCCCCCUAAACAGGUGCAGACUGUUUGUGAAUGUAUCCUCAUAAUGAGAGGAUACAAAGAAUUAAACUGGAAGAUGGCCAAAGGAAUGAUGUCUGACCCAAAUUUCCUGCGAUCCCUAAUGGAGAUAGAUUUUGAUGGAAUUACUCAGACCCAAGUUAAAUCCGUCCGAGCUCUGUUAAAGAAUCUUAACACGACAUUUGAAGAAAUGGAAGCUGUUAGCAGAGCAGGAUUGGGAAUGUUAAAAUUUGUCGAUGCAGUAAUGAGUUACUGUGACGUAGCUAAGGAAAUCAGGCCAAAGAGAGAAAAGGUGGCUAGAUUGGAACGGAACUACUACUUAAGUAAACGUGAUCUGGAAAAGAUACAGACAGAGCUGGCGACAAUUCAGAGGGAGCUCAAAGCUUUGGGAGAUAAGUAUGAAGCUGCAAUAAGGGAAAAACAACAAUUACAAGAAGAAGCAGAGAUCAUGGAAAGGAGACUUAUCGCUGCUGACAAGCUCAUCUCUGGCUUGGGAUCUGAAAAUAUAAGAUGGACAAAUGACUUAGAGGAGUUAAAAAUGCGAAAAGUGAAGCUGCUAGGCGACUGUCUACUUUGCGCUGCUUUUCUGAGCUAUGAAGGGGCAUUCAAUUGGGAUUUCCGUAAUGAGAUGAUCUACCACGAGUGGCAAGAAGAUAUACGAUCACGAGAGAUUCCUCUCAGCCAGCCUUUUAGAUUGGAAUACCUCCUGACUGAUGAUGUAGAGAUUAGCAGGUGGGGCUCCCAAGGUUUGCCUCCAGAUGAGCUCUCUGUUCAGAAUGGCAUUCUGACAACACGUGCUAGUCGAUUCCCUUUGUGCAUAGACCCCCAGCAGCAGGCAUUAAAUUGGAUCAGGAGAAAAGAAGAAAAAAAUAAUCUGAGGAUGGCCUCCUUUAAUGACCCUGAUUUCCUUAAACAACUAGAAAUGGCCAUAAAGUAUGGGAGUCCUUUCUUGUUCCAUGAUGUAGAUGAAUACAUAGAUCCUGUGAUUGACAAUGUCUUAGAAAAGAAUAUAAAAGUUACCCAGGGGCGAAUAUUUAUUGUGCUGGGUGAUAAGGAGGUAGACUAUGACAAUAACUUCAAAUUGUACUUGAACACCAAGCUAUCUAACCCUAAAUAUUCACCGUCGGUGUUUGGAAAAGCCAUGGUUAUCAACUAUACAGUUACACUAAAAGGCCUGGAGGACCAGCUGCUCAGUGUUAUUGUGGGGUUUGAAAGAAGAGAGCUAGAAGAGCAGAGAGAACAUCUCAUCCAGGAAACCAGCGAGAACAAAAACUUGCUGAAAGAUUUGGAAGACUCUCUCCUCCGGGAACUAGCCACUUCCACAGGAAACAUGUUGGAUAAUGUGGACUUGGUGCACACCCUGGAGGAGACAAAAGCCAAAGCUAGUGAGGUAUCAGAGAAACUCAAGCUGGCUGAGAAGACGGCAGUGGACAUUGACAAGCUGCGAGAUGGCUACCGACCUGCUGCUAAGAGGGGCGCCAUUUUGUUCUUUGUUUUGUCUGAAAUGGCCCUUGUCAACACCAUGUAUCAAUAUUCCUUGGCCUCCUUCUUAGAUGUGUUUGGGUUUUCGCUUCGGAAAUCCAUGCCCAACUCAAUUCUUCCAAAGAGGCUAAAAAAUAUCAUGGAUACAUUGACAUUCAACAUAUAUAACUAUGGCUGCACAGGCUUAUUUGAGAGACACAAGUUACUAUUUUCCUUUAAUAUGACUAUCAAGAUAGAACAAGCUGAUGGUAGAGUCCCACAAGAAGAACUGGACUUCUUUUUAAAAGGCAAUAUUUCCCUGGAGAAGAGUACACGAAAGAAGCCGUGUGCUUGGCUUUUGGAUCAAGGCUGGGAGGACAUAAUUCGCCUAUCUGAACUAUUUCCUGAGGAGUUUGGGUCUCUUCCAGAUGACGUGGAAAAAAAUCCUGAAAUAUGGAAAGAAUGGUAUGAUCUGGAUGCCCUGGAACAAUCACCAUUUCCCAUGCAAUACCAAAACAGUCUCACACAUUUUCAGAAGCUGCUGCUUUUACGGUGUUUCCGAGUAGACCGUGUAUAUCGCGCAGUGACUGACUACGUUACUCUGACAAUGGAUGAGAAAUAUGUUCAGCCUCCUGUGAUCAGUUUUGAAGCUAUCUUUGAGCAGAGCACACCUAACUCGCCCAUUGUUUUUAUCCUAAGUCCUGGCUCUGACCCUGCCAGUGACCUCAUGAAACUGGCUGAUCGGACAGGCUUUGGAGGGAAUCGCCUCAAGUUCCUCGCCAUGGGACAAGGACAAGAAAAGGUUGCACUGCAGUUGCUGGAGAAUGCAGUGGCUCGCGGACAGUGGUUAAUGUUGCAGAACUGUCAUCUUUUGGUGAAAUGGCUGAUUGAUUUGGAGAAAGCAUUGGAGAGAAUUACUAAGCCUCAUCCAGACUUCCGGCUGUGGCUGACUACUGACCCUACACUGGGCUUUCCCAUUGGAAUACUUCAGAAGUCUUUAAAGGUACAGUACAGGGAACCACCAAAUUGGCUGAAACUGAAUAUGAGAGCCACCUACUUCAAAAUUCCCCAUGAAGCCCUUGAGCAAUGCCCCCAUGGCGCAUUUAAAUCACUGGUCUAUGUGUUAGCAUUUUUCCAUGCGGUAGUUCAGGAGAGAAGGAAGUUUGGGAAGAUUGGCUGGAAUGUAUCAUAUGAUUUUAAUGAAUCUGAUUUCCAGGUGUGCAUGGAAAUCCUGAAUACGUACUUGACCAAAGCCUACCAGCAAAAUGAUGACAAAAUUCCAUGGGGCAGUCUCAAGUAUCUCAUUGGAGAGGUCAUGUACGGUGGGCGUGCAAUUGACAGCUUUGAUCGUCGCAUUCUGACCAUAUAUAUGGAUGAGUAUUUAGGGGAUUUCAUAUUUGACACAUUCCAACCAUUCCAUUUUUAUAAAAAUGAAGAGGUUGAUUAUAAAAUCCCAGGAGGGAAUUCAAAGGAUGACUUUGUCGAGGAGCUAGAGUCUCUACCACUUGCUAAUACCCCAGAGGUGUUUGGUCUUCAUCCCAAUGCUGAAAUCGGAUACUAUACACAGGCUGCUCGAGAUAUGUGGUCUCAUCUUCUUGAGCUGCAACCUCAAACAGGGGAAUCUGGCAGUGGAAUUGGUCGAGAUGAAUAUAUUGGACAGGUUGCAAAGGACAUAGAAAACAAGAUGCCUCAAAUAUUUGAUCUUGACCAGAUAAGAAAGACUUUGGGAAUAGAAAUUUCACCAACAACAGUUGUGCUGUUGCAGGAAUUGGAACGUUUUAACAAACUGAUCAUUCGUAUGUCCAGAUCCCUGGCUGAACUACAAAGAGCCUUGGCUGGGGAAGUUGGAAUGAGCAGUGAACUGGAUGAAGUGGCUCGGGCUCUCUUUAAUGGACAGAUCCCUAGCAUCUGGAGAAAGCUGGCACCUGACACACUAAAAACACUUGGAAAUUGGAUGAUUUACUUUAAGAAUAGGUAUAACCAGUACACAUCCUGGGUUAAUGAGGGCGAACCAAAUGUUAUGUGGCUCUCAGGACUACAUAUUCCCGAGUCUUAUCUCACAGCUCUUGUUCAAGCCACCUGUAGGAAAAAUGGCUGGCCGCUGGAUCGCUCCACCCUGUACACACAAGUGACCCAGUAUGGUACUGCAGAGGAAGUCACCGAGCGCCCUGGGCAAGGAUGCUUUGUUUCUGGUCUAUAUCUGGAAGGAGCAGACUGGGACAUUGAGAAUUGCUGUCUUGCCCGGAGCAAGCCCAAAGUCUUGAUGGUAGAUUUACCUAUUCUAAAGAUAAUUCCUAUCGAAUCACAUCGGCUCAAACUACAGAAUACAUUCCGGACACCUGUGUACACAACCUCCAUGAGAAGAAAUGCCAUGGGCAUUGGCUUAGUUUUUGAAGCUGAUCUUUCAACCAUAAAGCAUAUUUCCCACUGGGUGCUGCAAGGGGUCUGUCUCACUUUGAACUCUGACUGACACCUUAAACUGUCCAUUUCCCACACCCAAAGUGCAUUGGUGGCUAUCUGAGAACAACUUAUGAAGUCAAAUUAAGCCAAGAAGCACAGGAUCAAGUUUUUUGUACCCUACCUUUUCAAGAGAAUUCUACUGAUUUUAAACUGGCCCAGAGACAUUUUCAAAAUAAGUAUUUGCAGCAAUUUUUCCUAAGACAUUAAGAUUUAGUAA